AUGAAGAUGUUUCUUAGGUGCUUCAAACCCAAGUUCUACAAGAAAAGCAAAUCUACAACCAGCUACAUGAAGAUUCGGCUUGAUACGGUGAGGAGAAGGAGGAUUGCAAUGGUUAACUAUUUGAGAAUGGACAUUGUGAAUUUUCUCAAGAAUGGCCAUGAUUUUAAUGCUUAUACAAGAGCAGAAGUAUUACUUGAAGAGCUUAGAAUCAUAUCGUGUUAUGAUAUCAUUGAACGAUUCUGUGAUUGUAUCUCUAAAAAUCUUUCACUAAUGCUGAAGAAAAGAGAAUGUCCUGAAGAAUGCAGAGAAGCAGUUUCGUCUUUGAUAUAUGCAGCGGCGUGGGUUCCUGAUGUUCCUGAACUUAAGGAUCUUAGAGCCGUGUUUACGCAUAGAUUUGGGAAUUUCAUUGAUUCCUGUGUAAAUCAUGAGCUUAUUGAGAAAACUGAAUUGCGAGCAAGACCAUCACGAGAACUCAAGAUUCAGACAGUGAAAGACAUUGCGAAAGAGUUUUCGAUUGAUUGGGAUCCCACAGCUCUGAACCUGUUGCUGCUUAGACAAACUUCAGCUUUGCAAAUUGAGGAUAAGGUGGAGAGAGAGAGAAUUAUCAGAGAUGAUCAAAGUGAGGAUGAAUCGGUUCUUUCAGAGAGUUGGACAAAAGAUUCAUUGUCCAAAGGAAGUUUGAGUUCCAGUUCAAGCUCGAGUUUUAGUUCUCUAAGAAAAGAAUCUGUAAGGAAGAAGAUUUUGCCUUACGGAUUAAUCUCUCCUCCAUACAAGAAACCAGGAGCUAGAAACGAUGAGAAUGCACAAGAGGAGAAGAAAGAGAAGAGAAAGAGUGCUGUUCAAGAAAACUCAAGGUUACUUGGAUCACAAGCUAGCGUGAGUCUCACAAACACAAGCAACAAGGAAGCUUCCUCAACAAGAGAGAAAGAGAGAACGUCGUCGUUUCAAAGACCUAAGCUCCUGGAUUACGAUGAAGUGGUGGAUCGUCUUGAAGCUCUUCGCCGGAGAUAA